AUGAGCGAGCAGCUCAAGUUCAUCGUUGAACAACUCAACAAAGACCCGUUCAAGAAAAGUUUUAACCUCAUUACGUUUGACUCAUUGGAACCCAUGCAGCUGCUGCAGGUUUUAAAUGAUGUUCUGGCUGAAAUAGACCCGAAGCAAGCCAUGGACAUCCGAGAAGAAAUGCCUGAACAAACAGUGAAGAGAAUGAGUUCUUUGCUGGGGAUGCUGAAAUACAAACCUCCUGGUAAUCAGUCAGACGUGAGCAGCUUCAGACAGGGUCUGGUGAGUGGCAGCAAACCUGUGGUUCACCCAAUCCUCUACUGGCUACUGCAAAGAGUCCCCGAGCUUAAGAAGAGGGCUUACCUGGCCCGUUUUCUAAUGAAGAUUGAAGUACCUGCUGAGUUUCUGCAGGACGAUGUCAUAAAUGACACCUAUCAUCAGUAUGAAGAUCUAGUGGAAGGGUUUAAGACGUUCCAUAAGGAGUGUGAGCAUCUGAGGACUUCAGGCUUCUCUACAGCAGAAAUUAGAAGGGACAUCAGUGCCAUGGAGGAUGAAAAAGAUCAACUAAUCAAACGUGUGGAGAGGCUGAGGAAGAGGGUGGAGUCAGUGUCCAACCAUCAGCGGAUGUUGGAGCAGGCCAGACAGCUGCGAGUGGAAAAGGAGAAAGAGGAGUCCCUGACUCACCAAAAGAAAGAACAGAAGAAUCAGCUGUUUCAGGCGGAGCAGAGGCUGCUGAGGCUGCAGCAGCAGUUAAAGGACCUGCGACAAGCAGCAGCAGAUGCUAACCCAGAGAGCUUAAUGAAGAGACUGGAGGAAAAGAUCAAGAUCAACUCCUACAUGGUGUCUGAGAAGCUUCCCAAAGAGCUGGAGGGCAUGAGGUGCACAGUGCAGUACCUUCAGAAAGUGUCCUCAGAGCCUGCGAUGGGCCAUGCUGAUCUCCAGGAGCUGGAGGACAAGAUCAGAGGCGUUGAUUCUCAAAUAAACCAUCUUAUUGAGAAGAGGAUGAUGAGGAAUGACCCCAUAGAUGACAAGCUGACCCUUUAUAGGCAGCAGGCCUCUAUCAUCUUUAGAAAGAAGGAGUCGAAGGCAGAGGAGCUUCAGGAGGCGAGGGAGGAGCUGGCCGCUGCAGAAAGAGAGCUGAAGCAGAGAACGAGCCAGACUCAAGGCUUGUACGGAGAAGAGGUCAUCCGUGGUGACGAGCUGAAACGUUUGGUGGGAAAGCUGCGCAGCAAGGGAACAGUGUACAAGAAGAAACGGCAGGAAAUCGCAGAGCUGACAGCAGAAUAUGGAGUCCUGCAGAGAACCGAGGAGGUUCUCAAACGGAGGCACGAGACCGUCCAGCAGAAACUGCAAACCAUGGAAGCUGAGAAGGGCAUCUCUGGCUACAGUAACACCCAGGAGGAGCUGGAGAGGGUGUCUGCCAUCAAGAGUGAGCUAGACGAGAAGAAGGGCCGCACUCUGGAUGACAUGUCUGAAAUGGUGAAGAAGUUAAACUCAAUGAUAGCAGAGAAAAAGUCGGCUCUUGCACCAAUUAUUACAGAGCUAAGGUCCCUAAGACAGCAUCGAGGGGAGCUGAGUCAGGAGUACGAGGAAAAGAAGACGCAGUAUGAAAGUUGUGCUGCUGGGUUGGAAAGCAACAGAUCUAAACUGGAACUGGAGGUGAAAGCAUUGAGGGAGGAGGUGGCGCAGAAUGAAAACCGGUACCAUCAUAUAAACUCCAUGUCAGAGAUUAUUGAGAUGCAAAUGGAGCGGGCAGCUGAGGAGAUGAAGGCCUAUGUGUCCUCUGAUCCACAGGAGAGGAAGAAGACCAUCAGGGAUGUGUACAUGAAAAACAUUGCAGAACAGGAGUUACUUGGCAAGAAGUUACGUGAGGAGCAAAAGCUGGUGAGGGAGAAUCACGGCGCCAACAUGGAGCAGAUGAAGAUGUGGCGUGACUUGGAGCAGCUGAUGGAAUGCAAGAAGCAGUGUUUCAUAAAGGCACAGAACCAGGUUUCUAUUGGUCGGGUCAUUCAGGAAGGAGGGGAGGACAGGUUGGUGCUGUGA